AUGUCAAGUGAUGUAAGUGAUAAAACCUAUUGCACAUUGAAGGAUUACAAUGAUUUUGAAAAAAUAAUAGAAGAUACUCGAAAUGUUGCAGAUAAUAAGAGUGAAGUUGAUGAAUUCCUCAGAUCUAAAUCUAUUAUUAUUGAUAAUACGGAUAAAACUAUGUUUUAUGAUGUAUGUAAGAGAAUAAAUGAAUAUUUAAAGUAUUUUAAAGCAAAUGAUUCAUGUAAUAACAGUAAAUGUUGCAGUUUUAUUAACUACUGGUUAAAUAAAGAUCCAAGAAUCAGAUUUCAUGCACAGAAAGAAGGCGUAAUUAAAAAUCUGAAGGAUUAUAUUAAAUAUAAUAAUUCUGGUUAUAUAUAUGAUAUAUGUUUACCGAAAAUAAACAAUAUGAAAAUAGAGUUAUUCGAAAAAAUACAAAAUUUAUAUGAUAUGUAUGAUUUAUAUGAGAAUUUUCUUGAAUCAAUUAAAUAUAGUAUGGGAAAAUCAUAUACAUGUAAGUAUUUAAAUGAUUUGAUUGAUAAGUAUAAUAAAAUAAUGGAAACUGAUAUCGGAGAAAAUGAUAAUUUUAUUCUCAAUGAAUUAUAUAUUAUUAGAUGCCUAAUUGAAGAUAAGUUGUUGGGACCAAAUAAAUUUUGCAAAGAAAACUUACAUACAAUAUCGGAUAAUAUUAAGUCUAUACCCUACACAAAAAAAUGCAAUGUACAUAAAGAAAGGGAACACAUACAAGGAGAUUUUUUGAAUUUUGAAGCCAAUUUUUCUACACAUGCUACUUCUUAUAAUAGCAUUAUGAAAUCUAUAAUAGUAACAUUAUCUGUUAUUAUAGUUAUAGGAGUAAUUUUUUUGUAUCUAUGUAAUGUUAAUAAGAAUUCUAUUCAUAAUUUAAAAUUAUGUGUCUUUUGUUUUUUAAAUAUAUUUAAAAAAUUAGUUCAUCAAAUAUAUAUACUUAAGAAUUCAUUAAAUUAUCUCUCCUAUAUUAGUUUACAAGUUUCUGGAAGAAUUGGCUUUUACUGUAAAAUAAAAAUAAGAAUGUAUAAUAAUAUGUGUAUAAAGAAAAAAAUUAUUAAAAAAAUAUAUUUUUUUUUUAAUACAAUUUUUAAAUAUAUAUAA